AGUGUAAUUCUCACGGAAAUAAACGAACCAAAAAGUGUGAGAGAAGGCUUUCAAAUCACGCCUGUCAUUUCUUUUCGUUUUGAACUUCGAAAGCGGUCCCCGAGCAAUUCCUAGCCAGCACUCACUCAGCAGCAGAAAACCUCGACCAUGGAUGGCCAUGACGCAGAUGAUCCAAAACAGAGCACGGCUGAUAUGACUGUAUUUGUACAAAAUCUUUUGCAGCAGAUGCAAUCUAGGUUCCAAACAAUGUCGGACUCCAUCAUUACAAAAAUUGAUGAGAUGGGCAGCCGGAUAGAUGAGUUGGAGCAGAGCAUCAACGAUUUGAGGGCUGAGAUGGGGCAAGAGGGUUCUCCUUCUCCUUCAUCUGCUCUGAAGCUAAAAGACGAGCCCAAAUCAGCUGAUGAUUCGGCAUAAGGUUUUAUCACAGUAUGUUGUCUUGGCAUGUUUGUUUGCUUGCGAUUUUUAAACCGGAACUGGAAACCAAAUUCCUUGUUUGUGAUCGAUGUAUCUCGUUGAGACCUUUUGGUGACUAAUUUCUACUGAGUUUUAGCUUGAAUGUUGUUGUAUGUCUUGACGUAUGGGGUAUAGAUAUUGGAAGAAGCUGAAAUUCUGAGA